AUGUGUGGAUUAUCACGCCCCGUGAGUCCACCGGAAACGAAUCCAACGAUGGAGACACGCGGUCCGUCGCAAUUCCUUGUCCAGUUGGGGGAUUCCGUCAUUCAGCUCGAGGUGCAAUGGGAUCAGAGUACCACCUAUCCCAGCCAUCCACGUCAGCGUCUGGUUGGGACGGUGAUUCGAGCGAACUCGAUUUGCGGUCCGGCCUGUCUGGAUUCAGUCCCUUGCCGUCUGGCCUGCGUAGAAGGCCAGUUGGAGGAAAUCUCAAGCUUGUCGACGCACAGCGAGGAGCCCGAUCCACCUGGAACUUGA